AUGUCUACUUCCCUUUUCGUCCAGGUGCACAUGAACAAAGUCGACUUUGAUUCUUUUGCAGAUGGACAGCUGAAAAGAUCAGUAGGAACCCGGAACUUGAAUAGCUGUACCGCCGUCGCGUUUGUUUCCGGAAAAGGCGUCAUUUUGGCCCAUAUAUCUCCUCUGCCCGGCCUUACGAAUGACCCUGAUGUUAGCGAGAAACAUGUGCGAGGAAAAAUGGCUGAAUUUCUAGAUCUUUAUAUAGGCAAGAAGUGUUUUCGUCUGGAGCCUAACAUCAAGAAGGCCGGGAUAUUCUGUGGAAUAUAUAUGGGACAGAUCGCUCUCCCAGAUCAAGUGAAAUUUAUCGAGUCCGUGCUUUUGGAGAACUUGGAAGACAAUCCGCGACCUAGGGUGAUUUCCUAUUUGAUCAACCCUGGUGGUCACAGCCGAGCUGCUGAGGGCAUUGUCUUCAUUGAUGGCAGACAUCCGACUCCAAAGGUGUUUGUGGAAGACACAGACCAGGGCUGGUUUUGA